UCACGCUCAUUUUGAAUUUAGAUCGGGCAAUGGGCAACCAAGCGUCGUCAGCAUCAACCGACGGCGCCUUCAACGCCACGACAACCGCAGACCAAGUCGCCGACGCGUUCGCUCCUCACUGCAAGGACAAGGUCGUGCUCAUCACGGGCGCCAACACGGGCCUCGGCCUCGAGACGGCGCGGGUCCUCGCGGCUAAAGGUGCCACCGUCGUCAUCGCCUGUCGCUCGGCCCCCAAGGGCGAAGCAGCUGUGGCUCUGAUUCUCAAAGCGCAGCCCGACGCCAAGGUCUCGUUCUUGGAGCUCGACUUGGCAUCGUUGGCGUCGAUCAAAGCAUUUGUGACGGCGUUCAGCGCCAAGCACGAGCGGCUGGACAUUCUCAUCAACAACGCGGGUGUCAUGGCCUGUCCCAAGACCACAACGACCGACGGGCUGGAAAUGCAGUUUGGCGUCAACCACAUUGGUCAUUUCUACCUGACCAAGCUGCUAUUGCCGGCGCUGCAGUGGACGGGCACGGCGGACGCCCCCGCGCGCGUCGUGAACCUCUCGUCCAUGGGCCAGAACCUCUACGCGCCGGACGAAGGAAUCCUUCUCGACGACCUCAGCGGCGACAAGUCGUACUACGAGUGGGAGCGCUACGGGAUGGCCAAGCUCGCCAACGUCCUCUUCUCCAACGAACUCAACAAGCGGUAUGCGAGCCAGCACGUCAUUUCGGUCGCACUGCAUCCUGGUGUGAUUGUCGCGACUGAGCUCACCCGCCACAUGGGUAUUGCCAGCACCGCGCGCAGUCUCUCGGGCUUGCGCACGGGUAUGUUGAUGCGCGCAUUCCGAGAGCCAAUGAAGUCGAUCGCGCAAGGUGCGGCGACGACGGUCGUUGCGGCGCUGGACCCGACCGUGCAACCGGGCGGCUACUACGCCGACUGCCAGCUCAGUACUGAGCUGCACCCGAAAGCCACCGACGCCGAUCUCGCGCGGCAGCUGUGGGAAGUCUCGGAGGGCCUCGUCAAAGACAUUGAAGCCAAGCUUUUGUAGCGUGGGACCUCCACAACGUACCCAGAGUACUAGAAUAUAUUAUGCACAUCUCACCACACAAACAAAAUUGUCUAUCGCUAAAACUGGGAAUAAAAAACAAGUCUAUAUGUAGUGCAACAA